AUGGCCAACCAUAGAGAUCGCUACGGAACAACCCCAAUCUUUGCCGCUGCUAGGAACGGCCACCGACGCGUGGUGGAGCUUUUAAUCGAGGCAGGGUACGCAAACUUUGAGGAGAGAGACUUCCUGGGCGCCACACUCUUUGCCUCGGCGCAAAGAUCGAAGAAGAAGCAGUUUGUCAAAUUCCUCAAGAGAUACACUCAA